AUGGUCGACCAGCCUGGUGCUGUGGUCCAGGAGGACCCAUGGAUGUCCGCCCAGGCCCUGGACAGGCUGCUGAAGAUACCGCUUCCGCUGCCACGUCUUCGCACCCGGCCCUGGUGGUUUCCUGUGCUGGAGCUGAGAGUCCCAUUGGUGCUUUACCUGGAGGUGGAAAAGGUGAACUCCGGGAGCUUAAUCGAAAUCACUAUUUUCGGACAGCCCCGUGUCCAAAAUAGGGUGAAAAGCGUGCUCCUGAGCCUGGCAGCAAGGCACUGGGAAAACCAUGCUGGAGAUAAGAAGAUGAAACAACUGGAGAAGUUCUUGAAGGCCCAUGGGUCUCCUCCCCCGACUCCCCAGUCUCCCCGGUCUCCUGUUGCAUAA